UGCAAAUAGUUCAGAACUUGUAUGAUGGCAUCCCAAGAAGGACUGAAUCUGUUUUGAAUAUAAUAUAAUGUAAUGUAAUGUGACGCUAAAAUUGAGAGUAAGAUAUUGUUGUACAAUCUAUAUCUGUGUUCCUUCUUGCAGCUCAUUUGUCUAUUGAUUGUGGGACUGGUCAUCUCUGUCACUGGUGGUAAAAUGUGGCUUACCAGGAGCUGGAUGGUGGCAGUAUUCAUCCUGGCAUCCCUUUCCACCGGAUUUUGCUCCUCAAUGAGUGCUGGGACUGAGUUUAUCACAGCCUUCAUGGAGAACGUAGCUCAUUACAGAAUUCGGGAGACUUUCCACAAACUCCUCAUUUCUGCUUUGACAAGAAACACAAAGGUCAACAUCGCUGUCCAGGACCGCUCUUGGAACCAAACCCUAAUCAUGAAUGCGGGAAAUACACGUUCGGUCGAUCUCCCAUCAGAGUUACAGCUGAUCAAGUUUAACACUUCCUACAAGACCGUUCGUGUGACCAGUACCUUCCCGGUGACUGUUUUGUCCAUCAGCCUCACAAGCGCAAGCACCGACACAAGCAGAGUUCUCCCUGUACAGAAUCUGGGAAAAGAGUACCGGCUGGCCUCACCGGCAGGCCCUUCCGACGGCUCAUAUCGGUUUGUCGUCAUCAACACCCAGCUUGACAACACAGUCACCAUUUCCCAGUCGUCUCAGGAGCUGUUCACGGUCACCCUCGGCCCUUACGAAAACGCUCAGUUCCAAAGUGCGAAGCACCCCGCGACCACGCUGGUGACCGCACAAACCCCAGUAGCUGUGCUGUUCGGGCACCCCUGCAUUCAGCAAGUCGAGUGCAAAUGCGGCCUGGCAUUCGAGCAGCUAUCCCCCGUUUCCAGCUGGGGGACUGUCUUCAUUGUACCGUACCUCUCCGUGUCUAACCGGCGGAACCAGACGCUUUUGCUAGUGACGUCCGACGGCGCCGCUCCAGAAAGCAUCCUGCCCUCCGAGUUCGUCGUUCUGCCACGUGACGAGAUUCCAGUGCUGAUGGACGGCUCCCUCUACAUCCGGGCCUCUGUGCCAGUGUCUGUCAGUCUCUUGCAACUUGGCGCGAUGACAUUGAUACCAGAGGAAAGUUUCUCCACCUGCUACCUGGUGCACGCGAUCAAUUAUUCCCACACUUAUUUCCUGAUAGUAGUGAAGACGGCAGAGAAGGACGGAGUUCGGCUAGGGCAUUCACUGCUCCCUUCAGUGGACUGGGCCGAAGUGGCCGGGUCCGACUACUCCGUGGGACUAUGCAGUCUUGCAAAGCAGAACAUGCACCGUGUUAUCUGGCACCGCACGUCCAAGAUGGCCGUCUACGUUUUUGGGAGAUAUGAUCAUAUGUAUUUUGGAAGCCCUGCUCUGAGCCUGAAAGUCGAACCAGAUGGCUCAAAGUGCAGGGCGUACGCGGGUGUGGUGGAGCUGGUCCUGGAGAAGAAGAGCUGGACUGAUGCGCAGGAGCGCUGCUGGAAUCUCAACAGCCAGCUGGCGAGUUUCAAUAGCUUGAGCUUCCUGGAGCACGCGGUCAAGGAGCUGGGAGAUGCCCAUAGGAGCACGGCCUGGAUGGGCCUGCGCAGGAGCCUGCUGUCCGGGGAGUGGCGAUGGCUCAACAGGGAGCCGAUGGGGUACAGUAAAUGGGGAUCAGGUGAGCCGAACAGCUCCCUGACGACCCAGUGUGCCAUGACAUCACUGGAGCCUGUGAAGAGUCUCACCUGGAGUGCCAUGAGCUGCUGCAACCAACUGCCUUUCAUCUGCUUUAUGCCUGGGGCCGACAUGCCGUUUCCAUAGGGCCCUUAAUCCAGGGGUUCCCAAAUUUCUUUCUGAUGUGACCCCCGAAUUAAUGUCCGCAAAUGUACAUGACCCCGAAAUCCCACCCCUGUGCCUAUCAACACCCUUUACCUGUGACCGUGACUAUAUAUACCAUGGCCUCUCAUAGCCUGUUCAGUCAUUGGGAUGUUCAGCAUAUAGUAGCCUAUAUGCUCAUAUUUUAAAGAGAUACAAAAAAUGUUAAUGUCCUUUUUUUUUUUCGCUCCAAAAAUACCUGAAGACCCCAAUCUGACAAAGCUCUUUCAUAAUCCCUGUUCCACAAAGCAAAAUUACUGAAGUAGCCGGAUAACUGCUUGUAGUAAAACCCGGACCCCGUCCAAAUCUGAAAUGUGGACUCAAGUAAAAAGAGCUGUCCCUGGAUUUGCGCAGGUAUCCAGCUAAUAUAGUCCUGCUUUGUGGAACAGGCCCCUGAACAAUGAUUUUCUCCUGGUUGUCUAUAACUCAUAUUUCCCUGUCAUCCUUUGUUGUAUUUCAAUCUCAGUUUCAAUUAGAAUGUUGAAAUCAUCCUGUUUUAA